UUUAGUGUGUGUUAUGAGAUAUAACCGUCGGACUGUGUCAGAUUUCACGCUUUAGAAAUAAAAGAGCUUUUGCUUCGAACGCGGAACUACAGCAAUCUGCUUGUGAAACAUUUGUGUAAGCUGUAUACGUGUCUGUGCGCGUUUGUGUGUAUGAAAUAUUAGCCCAGCCCAGCUGCCCUUCCUAUUUCCCCUCCCUUUCCUCCAACAGUCUCAGUCGGUUCGCCCGCAGCACUUGCGUUCUCUCGGCCGGGUUUCACUCCAGAGAUGGCUGCGAAAGUGUGUAGAUCGGUCCUCCUCCUGUCCCGGAGCAGCGGAGCCGUAGCCUCUUCUGCUUUUCCCGCAUUUGGUGUCUCCUCACAGCGACAUCAUCAGAGCACGAGAACGGAGGCGCUGUCCAUUUCACUUGGAGGUCACCAGACUGUCAGGAGAGCACACGGUCUGAGAACAGGUGCCAGGUCUGCUCUCUUCUGUCACCCCAGUGCCACUCUGACAGCCCAGGGCUGGAAGUGCUCCCCCUCAUGGCAGGGUCAAAGACUACUGUGUUCACCUGCUGCUACAGAAGAUGUCACAGUGGUGUAUCAGAACGGCUUGCCGGUGAUCUCCGUACGUCUGCCGUCCCGACGAGAACGCUGCCAGUUCACCCUCAAACCCUUGAGCGACACGGUGGGUGUUCUCCUUCAGCAGCUGCAGGCGGAGGACAGGGGCAUCGAUCGAGUCGCCAUCUACUCCGCAGAUGGAGCAAGAAUAGCGUCCUCGACAGGAAUGGACAUUUUACUUAUGGACAGCUUUAAGCUAGCCAUUAAUGACACAACAUACCUGGUGCAGCCGCCCAGGAGAGAUAUGCUACCACACGAGGAAGCGGAUCGACUGAACGAUGUCAAGCUCUUGGUGCAGCAGCUCUACACCACCCUGCGCAUAGAGGAGCAUCAGCUCACCAAAGAGAGAGAGCUGAUUGGACGACUGGAGGACCUCAACUCUCAGCUCCAGCCCUUGGAGAAGGUUAAAGAAGAGCUGAGUAAGAAAGCAGAGCGCAGGACUACAUGGGUGCUGUGGGGUGGGAUGGCAUACAUGGCCACACAGUUUGGCAUUCUAGCACGGCUGACCUGGUGGGAGUACUCAUGGGAUAUCAUGGAGCCCGUCACAUAUUUUAUCACCUAUGGUACAGCAAUGGCUAUGUAUGCUUACUUCGUCCUGACGCGUCAGGAAUAUAUUUACCCAGAUGCCAGGGAUAGACAGUACCUGCUGUUCUUUCAUAAGGGAGCGAAGAGAACACGCUUUGACAUUGAGAAGUACAACAAACUGAAGGAUGCGAUUGCUGAAGCGGAGUUGGAUCUAAAGCGUCUUCGAGACCCACUGCAGUUGCACCUCCCUGUCCAGCAAAUCGGUGCCAGCGAGGACUGAUGAGAACCUGAAGCCCUUUCUGCCUCUCUCUCUUACUUUAUUCUCUUCUGCCUCUUUGUGUUUUCUUUUUAUCUUUUUGUUUUAUCUCUAUGACCUCAAUGAAAAACCAUAUCCACAGCAAGCUUUAAUUGGACAGUCUAUGCAGAGGAGAAGAGAUGCAAUUAAACAAAACGACAAAACUACAUCCCUGAACGGAUGGCGAUGACAGAUGCUCUUAUAUCGCAACAGGACCACACGGAGAAACGCACAGCUACUUCAUACAGGAAGUUGAGACAUUGGGAUUGAACCUGUACACCGCUAUGAGACAAUGACCCCACGUCUUGCAUGGGAAACGGACUUUGAAAUCUAAAAACCAUCUGCCCUUGGGUUGAACAGUUUUUUCCACAUUGGAGUACUGCUGAUAUCCCUAACUCUGACACUUUGCAGAAGAGAUUUCGGGAUGUGGUGCUCUUUUCCGUCUCGGAAAAGAUCCGUUUACCAUCAAGCCAGUCCUCUUGUGGCUGAAACGCCUGUACUUAACAGCCUAAGUGAAACCCUUUUGAUUUCCUUCUCGCUUCCUCACGGACCUAUUAAGAGCUGAAGACCGAUCUAACAGCUAAAAUAUCACUGUGUGUUCUAUUAUUCCAAAAAGAAAAAAGAAUCUAAGAAUUUUGGCACUUUUUAUUUUAAAAGCCAUAUUAUGUUUAUUAUGAUGAUGGAAAAAAAGAUUAAUGAGUAGAAACUUUUCUUCUCAUUAUAUGAUUUUAUUUUAUUUUAUUAACCAUGCCACUAGACAUUACUGUGGAAGCCCAUUUCUGCCACUAAAUAAAAAAAAUGAAGCAAAGUAAUUGCGACAUUUUAUCUUUAUGAUUGUGGGGUUUUUUUUUCUCAGAAUUGCGAGUUGAUAUCUUGUGUGAUAUAAACUCGCAAUUGUUAGUUGUAAAGUCAGAAUUGCAAGAUAUAAACUCACAAUUGUAAGAAAAAAAUGUAAUUGCAACGUUUGUGACUAUAUCUCACAAUUCAGACUUUAUAACUUGCAAUUGCGAAUUUAUCUCACGCGAAUCUGACUUUAAAACUAGCAAUUGCGAGUUUAUCUCACUCGAUUCUGACUUUAACUAGCAAUUGCGAGUUUAUAUCUCGCAAUUCUGACUUUAUAACUUGGAAUUUUUACUAUGUAACUUGCAAUUACGAGUAUUAAAUUGUGACUUGCAAUUGCAAUAUAUGACCUCGCAGUUCUGAGAAAAAAAAGUCUGAAUUGUGAGAAGUUGCAAUUACCUUGUUUUAUUUUUUUAUUUUUUAUUCAGUGGUUGAAACGGGCUUCCAUACAUUACAUAUCUGCAGAUGCUCUGAUAUUUUACUUUCGUUUCUGAGAUCCCCAUCAUCAAACGAAGCUCGAUCGAGUCCAUCCCUUAGCCUCUGAUUUUUUUCUUUAGAAAUAUGAUACAGUCCAUCGGUUUACAUGUUGAUGAGAAACCCAUAUACACACGGUUGCUUGGCAGAUGGAUCCUCUUUAUUAAAGGUCCUCUCUAUAAAUCUUCUUUCGAACAUCAUCAAAUGACAUUUUCCCACAGUGCCUCACAGCAUCUGCUGCAGCGUGCUUGUUACAAAAAACCUGUUUAUCAGACGCGAUCCAAGAAAAUUACCAGUCGAAUGGUCUUAAGGCAGGUCACUGUGUAAAAUGUGAUUUCUUUUUCUGGAAAAUGUUCCGGACGUGAUCAAUUUCCCAUCAUUCAUGUGGCGUUUUUAGCUGCAUAUAUCUGCCUCGUAUGCCAAGUCUUCUGGAACAUGCAGAGAACGUGUAAUAUAUUAGAUCUAGAAUUAGCGUGUGUUUUGCACACUUCGUGGCAUGCUAUAGAGAAAGAGUGUCGCAUCCUUUGUCUAUAUGUGCUAUCUUUAGCCGACAGGCCUUAGCAAUGAUUCUAGCUGGGUUGAGCUUGAUCGUCGACAGCGUUUUCAUCAGUUUUGCCAUGCAUUUUCAGUCCAGUUAUUUAUUAUAUGAGAUUAUGCUAUUAGUUCGAAUAAUCAUUUGGCUUUUGUUUUCCACAAAGAUGAGACUAUUUAAAUCUAAGGGUUGUGAAACUGACUUGACUUUUGUUGCUUUCUAACAAAAUGAUCAUAUCAAAUCUCGAAAUUGGUUUUUUGGCCAUUAUCGUUACCCAUAAUCCUCUUGUCUAAUGUGGGUUUGCCCUUGUUCUGUAGCAGUGGUCUACUCAUUAUGCCAGAUUGUCCAUGGUUGUGACAUUAAGCAGUUUUAAAGCCAUAUUCAUGUUGUGUUUGUGUCUUUAUAAGGUGCACAUAGUUUCAUAUCCCCUUAGCAGCAGCUUGUGUCUAUUCUUACCCUGUGUUUAACUAUAACAGGAAGAGAUUCCAGCCUACAACUCUAAUAGAAGAAACAUUAAAGAAAGAGUUGUUUCUGUGAAACUCCAAAGGAGAGAUUUAGUUCUUGCAGCUCGUUUCUAUACAACAUUCAUACUGACCACGACCGUCAAGUCUUUUCAGAUUUCUUCAUUAGUUAAUAUGACUCUACAUUCAAAGUCUUCCGAAGCCAUCCAAACGUUUUGAGGAGCAGAUUGACAUUUGUCUAAAAUGGCGAUUGUGUUAGUUUAGUUUUUCAGAGUUGUGAAAUUGGAACCAUUUUUAGCAGUUGUUGACAGAAACCAAUAAUGACAUUUUUUGCCAAAGUUUAUUUACCCUCAAGUCAUAAGACAUGAACCUCUUUGAAAUUCAAUAUAUACAGUAUAAAGUUAAAAUCCAUUAACAUUUCUGUUCAUCCAUUCAAAGUUCAUCCAUCUAAAACUUUGAUGUAUCGAGUGACAUACAAAGUUGAUAUGAAUCAAGUGGUUUAAUUCAAGUUUUUUUAAAGAGACAUGGACACUUAUGAUGAAAAGAUUAAAUUUAGUCUUUUAUCAAUACUCAUCAAAUAUGCUAAAUGGAAGCUCCGCAUUAUUUAUAAGUGUGAGAAGGUCAAACAUUAUUGUGUGACACCAGAACAAACCAAAUUGGUCAAAUUAUUGUAAAGUGUUACCAAUUAAUUGUGUUCAUCAUAUAAAGUAAUUGAGUCUCUUCAAAAGACUUGGAUUAAAUCAUGUGAUUCCUGUGGAUUGAUGCAUCAAUGUUUUUGUUGGGUGGACUUUCAAAAGAUGGACAAAAAAAAGAUGAGAGAAUGUCACAAUUGUUGUUGUUUAGAAGAGUCUUAUACUAUAGGUUUAGAAUGACGUAAGGGUGAGUAAACAAUUGAUAUUGUAUGACUUGGAAUAUAGCCUCUAAGGUUUUAGAAAAAAGAACUGUGAAAAUUCUCCAAACUUUCUCUGUUUUGUGUUUAUUGGGAAUAAAUAACAGCAUAGUCAUGAUUGAUAUUUUGGUGAAUAAUGACAAUUAUUUGGGGAUCAUAAUCCAUCAUUUGGACUUUGGAUGUCUGGCUAAAAGUGUAAGUGUUGUUACGGAUUCUAUUUAAAAGUGACUAUUUGUUGUUGGUGAGGAGUUCAGGUCACUGGGAGUCACUCGGUGUGCUUGAAUGAGUUACCUUGUGAUUUAACACAGCCUGAUAACUGCUUUAUGUCUGAGCCGGCUGCUUUCAGAGGAGAGGCUUCUCUCUUGUAUCCGAGUUUGUUUGAAAAGGGUUUAUCGGACCUAUUAUAAAAUGAAAUUCAAACUGUGGUUCCAUCACUCUAGACUUAGCUGAUUGGUACAAGACGCAUACAUAUAUACUAUUGGUCCGGAAAACAACAUUGAGGCAUAGUGCUGAACCUAAGCAUUAAUCACCCUAAAGGAAAUGAGCGACUGGUUAUACAAAUGUUUAUCAUCCUAAACCUAAACCUUAAAAUCUUUUUGCUCUAUAAAGGAUCAAUAAAGAAUGUCGACCGGAGGCGGAAUCAAGGUCACUGUGCACAUUUGUGACAAUAUGCAGUUGGUGUGAGCAUCUCGUCUCAGACUUCAUGAAUUUCCUGUUCAUACAUAACUUUCGUUCAUAGCGAUCAGAAUCAGCCGAUGAAUCAUAAGCAUAAAAUCAUCCAUUCUUCCUCACGUAUGUGAUCAAAUGAAUCCUUUAUAAACACACUCCACAGUUAUUUCAGGGCAAAAAGUCAGCCAUCUCACAUUUCAAGAUGCCCGGUACACUUGACAUCCCUUGACCUACUGAACAUCUAGAAGAGGUCUUGGUUCUGGUCAUUAUCUGAUAAGUUGAACUUCUUUUAGUUUAUUUGUAGAGUUUUCUGUUUGUUUCAGGGUUUUUAAAAUAAUAAUAUAUCAAAUAUAUGGAAUCUAUUCUAAAGCGGGUGUUGCAUGAAUGUAUGUUUACAAGGGAAAAUUAUAUAUAAAUGAAUCAAAAAAAGCAAAGUUUAUAAUGAAUGCUCAUUGCAGAUUAACAGACUCCAUGUUUUUUUUUUUUUUUUCACCAAUCCUUUACCUUUCAUGAUCCAGCAGCAAGCACGCUCUCGGCAGCUGUAAGGCUCUAACUGGUCAAGGAUCUCCUCUACAUUAUGACUUGUUUUAUCCUGUCUUUGCUCUCUCAAUCUCAAUGCUGCUGCUUGAUCGCUGCAGUGCUGCCUUUAAUCUGAUUUGAGAACAAGAGAGUAUGGAAGACCUGACCUUCUCAAACACCCCUCGCUCCAUCCAUUUUUUGUCUUUCUUUAGCUCCUUAUUAUACUCCCACACUGAUUAUCCUGUAGUUAUGUGUAUUAUUUUAAAGUUUUCUUCAUGUGCACUUAAAAUGAAAAUUAUAUUUUGGUGAAAAAAGGUAAUGGGUCAUGCUGAAUGGAAAACAUUUUUCAUAUUCUUUAUUUUUUUCAUUUUGUCAUUGGCAUUGGAUGCUGUAAUGUUAGGAGAAUUCAAAAAUGACAAUGUAAAAUCCUGUAUCAUUUAUGAAAUGUGUAUAAAAGAGAAAUGUAAUUCAAUUAUCAAUAAACACUUAUCCAGUUUUGGAA